AUGCAGAUGCCAGGGUGGAUUGUGCAGACCCUCCUCCAGCUGAUCUCCGUGGCCAUAUGCAAUGCUGAACUUCCUCCUGUGGGAAAUGGAUAUUUUAAUAAAUAUGGUGGUGUUGAUGAUGAGGAUGGAGAUGGAGAAGAUGUCAGGGAUGAAAAUGACGAUGGUGGUUAUAAUGGGGGUGUCGUGGUUGCAGUCAUGACUAGCAGUGCAACAGCUGGCGAUGAACAGUUGAAGUGUAGGGGGUCAGGGAGUGGCUGUGCUCUGUCUCCACUGGAUGAUGUCUUAUCCGAUCCGAGGAAAAUCUUGUUUAUCUUGGAUGGAUUUGACCACCUGAAAUUGACUUGGAACUCUGGACAGACUUGUAGCAUGCAAGCAUUGCUCACUUUAUGUGUUAGUCCCUAUAUCUGCUGGAUGUUCUGUAGUACCGUGAAGUGGCAGUGUGACAGGGGAGAGGAAAUGAACUUCUUUUGCCCAUCAGAUUCGAGUAUGUACACAAAAUUUAUGGUGAGCUCCUUCAGAUCAGUGUAUGACAACUGUCCAGCUAAACAGAACAGAGCCCGACUAAAGACUCUGUGUACCUUGGCUGCAGAGGGAAUGUGGAAACGGGUAUUUGUGUUUAAGUCUGAGGAUCUCAGGAGAAAUGGGAUAUCUGAAUCUGAGCAGACAUCAUGGCUGAAAAUGAAUUUUCUCCUUUAUCAAGGUGAUUGCUUCAUGUUUUACCAUCCGCUGCUACAGUCGUAUUUUGCUGCCCUGUUCUAUUACCUCAGACGAGACAAAGAGACACCUCAUCCCAUCAUUGGAAGCCUACCCCAAUUCCUAAGAGAAGUGUAUGCUCAUGGCCAAACCCAAUGGCUCCGGACAGGGAUGUUUGUGUUUGGAAUUGCCGCUGAAGAAGUCACUGCCAUGCUGAACCCACACUUUGGUUUGAUGCCAUCCAGAGAGAUGAGAGAGGUUAUCUUCAAAUGCCUUAGAAGUUUGAGUCAAGGAGAGCGCAGUAAGACACUGAGUGACCAGAGUUUGAUCGAUAGCCUAAUUGACAUCCAGAAAGAAAAAUUUGAAACCCAAGUGAUGGAUCUGUUCGAAGAACUGACUGUUGAUAUUAGUGAUGCUAAUAAAAUGACAUUGGUUGAAUACAGUCUGCUGAAAUCUCUAAAAUUAAAAAACUUCAUAUGCAUAUACAACAGAGAGUUUUUUCAGAAAUCUAUAACCCAGAAGAUGGUGGCGUAGAAGACUUUAGACAACACGAGAAGUGAGUACAUCUCUGAACCCGGUCUUCAGUUCU